AUGCGUCAAAGCGAUGUCCUUCUCCUCGUUAGUGAGACUGGUUCUGGAAAGAGUACCCAGGUGCCCCAAUUUUUGGUGAAAGAACCGUGGUGCAAGAGGCAAACUGUCAGCAUCGAAGGCGAACGAGAAUGCAGUGUCGGCGGUAUGAUUGCGGUCACCCAGCCGCGUCGAGUCGCCGCGACUACGCUUGCCCACCGUGUUUCUCGCGAAGCAGGAACUCCACUCGGCGAGAGCCGCGAGGGUAUGGUCGGAUACUCGGUUCGCUUCGACCAUCAAGUACCUAAAGGGACGAAAAUCAAAUUCCUCACCGAGGGUAUGCUGCUGCAGGAGCUGCUUCGAGAUCCUAGUCUACGACAGUACAGCGCGGUCGUGGUGGACGAAAUCCACGAGAGAAGCGUCGAUGUCGAUCUCGUCUCAGGAUUUCUCAAGCAGAUCCUCACAAGCGACCGGAAGGGGCGCGGGGGUAUCCCCCUGAAAGUCGUCGUCAUGAGUGCUACUGCCGAUGUCGAGCGUAUCCAGGGCUUCUUCGCGACUGAAAAGCCAGCUGCGGACAGCGAAAGCAUGGAAAUCGACGAGGAGAAGCACAAGUCAUCUGUCGAGGUUCUCAAGAUCCAGGGCCGUCAGUUUCCGGUCAAGACGAUUCAUACUCCCAAGCCAGUGCCGGAUAUCCAAGAAUCCUUAUUGAAGACAAUCUUCAAGCUCCACACGGAAGAACCACUACCUGGCGACAUACUGGCGUUCCUGAACGGCCAAGAAGAGAUCGAGUCGAUGCAGUCGCUCAUCGAGGAGUAUGCUGCAACGUUGGAUUCCAACAUCCCCAAGGUCAAGGUGCUCCCUCUUUUCGGCCAGCUCUCCAUGGAGGGUCAACAUGCUGCUUUCAAGCCAGUCAAGGGAAGGACCAGAAAGAUUGUGUUAGCUACCAACAUCGCCGAAACGUCCGUCACAGUUCCUGGAGUUCGCUAUGUGGUUGAUGGUGGCAAAGCCAAAGUCAAGCAAUUCCGCGCCCGUCUCGGCAUGGAGUCUCUGUUGGCCAAACCGAUUUCCAAGUCAUCCGCAAUCCAGCGAACAGGUCGUGCUGGUCGUGAGGGUCCUGGAAAGUGCUUCAGGCUGUAUACCGAAGGCACGUUCGGCACGCUCGAGGAGACUGACUUGCCAGAAAUUCUGCGAAUCGACGUUCUCGGAGCUGUCCUGACCAUGAAGGCCAGAGGCAUUGAUGACAUCCUUGGGUUCCCUCUGAUGGACACCCCGGAUAUUGAUGCCAUCGAGCGGGCUCUCGUCAGCCUCCAUCUGCUUGGCGCCUUGGCCGAUGAUGGUGCCAUCACCGAAGCAGGCCGGAGGAUGGCUGGCUUCCCUGUUUCCGCCCCUCUAGGCGCUGUUCUUCUGGCAUCCGCCAAGCCAGAGUUUGACUGCGUUCUCGAGGCCAUCGAUGUCAUCUCCUGCAUUACCUCUGGCGAUGACAUCUUCCACCAACUGCAAUCCGAGGAGCAACGUGAGGAGAUCGAGGAGCUUCGCAAGGAGCUAUACCGUCGGGAGGGUGACAUACUCACCUAUCUCACCACAAUGCAACAGUACGCCGCUGAGAAUGCCGACCGCAUUGAAUGGUGCAAGAAGAGGAAGGUGAAUAUCCGCAACAUGAAGACAGCCUUAAACAUUCGGAAGCAGCUCCGAAGCCUGUGUCUGAAAGAGGGACUUCUCUCAGAGGCACCGCCACCGGAUCCGCAGCCUUUCAGCCCUCUGGCCCCGGAACAGGCCGAGGCUCUGCUCAAGUGCUUCCUUCGCGGCUUCGUUUCCAAAACGGCCGUUUUGGCGCCAGACGCAAGCUACGUGACAUCUCAGGGCAAGCACGUCGUUGCGAUUCACCCGUCGAGCGUCUUGCAUGGACAGAAGAGGGAGGCAAUCAUGUUCCUGGAACAUGUCUUUACUCAAAAGAACUAUGCCAAGAAGGUUAGUGUCAUUCAGGCCAACUGGAUAGUGGAGGCCCUAGGGGGGACUGCAUGA